AUGCCACCCAAAACCAUCCUUGAUCGUCUUUCGGAGCCGAAUCCGAAUCUCGACAACGAGAAUAUUUUAGAAGGGAAACCCACAAAACAUGUACCUGAAGAAGACAUUGUGAUUCAACCAUGGGAAGAUUUUACGUUCGAAACCCUUAUGGCCACUUACGGCGACGUCUUAAGGUGCGAACUGGACAUCCCAAAAAGUUCUCCUAUAUCCAAACUAGAGUGCAUGAUAUUUGACGAAGACUCGCUCGACCAUUUAUUGACUCGAGCGAUAACCCCUAUCGUUAACGAUGCCCUAGAAGGGGCAUGGCGGAUAUGUUACAAAGACAAUGCGGACCUUCGGGUUGAUAUGUCACGCGGUGGACGGGCACGCAAACCUCAAAGUGUCAACGAGAAGGAAGAGGAAGAGGAGGGGAAAAAGGAAGCAGCCCGUCAAGGAUCCGAUAAAAAGGACAAAUCAACAGUCUCGGCAAAAACAUCAUUUCCCGAUUGGGCCGGGGUUCGAAAGCGCCGAUAUUCGCCUGGGUUUGACAACCGUUGCCCUGGAGAAACAAAGCUUGCAUCAAAAUGGCACUCAAAAGAACACACCGGGGAAGAUCACUAUAUGUGGCCUUUCGCGCAGGCCAUCAUCUACGUAAAAAAGUGGAACACUCGAUAUGCCUAUAUAAUUUCUAACAAGGAACUUUGUGUCUUGCGGUUCUCUACGGCGCGAAUCGGUUCUGGACUGGCACAAUCACGGCUCCGGCGGGAACUGCCCGCACCCAAUGCACCACAGCACCACCGUACUAUUUCAGUUGCUUCGGUCACGUCAGCUGCUAGUCGCAUGUCGAUUGACUCACCGUCCCAGCAUUCCCGACAAGAAUCUGUUUCGAGCGACGUACAAAUGUCGUCUUCGUACCAACAGAGUGCCCAUGCAGGUGAUAUGAGACCUGUGGAAAUGAAAACCAUUCCCUGGUCCAAUCACGGACAUGGGAAGCUUACGGUCAAGCUUGCUCUCUGGUGGAUCCACAUGUUGGCUGGUGCACCCGGCUGUGACAUAUUCAUCGGCCAUGAUUAUCAUGAUCUUAAUACUUGGAUUCACGAGAACGGCAGGUAUCAACAUGUUUCAACUGGGAUUGUUACCACAGUUAAACCCACGAGCGGUAGAAUUGAGACGAGCCGAUCCCCUCAAAAUCCGGUGACCCCUCCUCGAGAUCGACGAGCUCUGUCUUCCAGCCCUCUCUCCUCUCCGCCAAACCAGGUGUCAAGCCCACCCGGGAUGACCCCCGUCUUGCCAAAUGUUGAGGAUAUUACGAGGCUAAGCUUUGACAAAAAGCGUAACCAGUUCCAAUAUGAGGCAAACCCUCGCAGGUACGGAUACUUUUCGCCGGGGACGCCAAUCUGGAGUAUCCGGCACCGUGCGCAACUUUAUGCGAUUCUUAAUGACGGCCAGCCUAUUUGGGUUCGUCAAAGGGAAAGAUCAAGCAGUGGGAAUGACACGGAAAGCGGUGAGAGCGACCGGAGCGGCGAGCUGCCUCCUCAACCCAGAAGGAGGCGUUGA